AUGAGAAUGUCAGGAAUACCGAAGCUAGUGGCGGCCAUGGGGACCGAGAUUGAGGACCCCGAAGAAGCUCUUGUGCAUGCAGAAGUAUUUCUUUUGUUUUGUCAAAAUCUUCCUUCUCGGGAUCUCGGCUUCGUGGAUUCGCGAGCAACUUUAUUGGAGGUGGCAGUUGGAAAUCGGAAUUUUUCAAUUCAUCAAUCUCCCAGCGUUCUCAGAUCCGAUUGUGACGGAGGUACCACAGGAGCGGUGGUCUGGGAAAUAACGCCUUUGGUUGCGCAGUGGAUGGACUCGAAUAACAAUCCACUUUUCAAAAAUGACGUUCUAGGAUCACAAUCAGUCAUUCUCGAGCUUGGAUGUGGCAUAUCUGGCAUCAUCGCGCUGACACUAGAGUCUCGCGUCAGACGGUACGUUUUGUCAGAUCAAGACUAUGUCAUGAGAAUCCUCACCAAGAACCUCUCUGCAAACCGUAACAAUCCUCCGAACGGUCGUGCGAAUUUCGGCCGCAGGAAAUGUCUCAGAAAUCAGCCGUCGGGGAUCGAAAGGAUUACUGAAGACAGCAGCAUGACAACCGUUUCUCUAGAUUGGGAAACAGAUCAGAUUGGCAAAAUUCACACUGGGUCGAUGAAUGGUGAUGGAUUCGACGCUUUGAUAGCAUGUGACUGUAUUUACAAUGAUGCUUUGAUUAGUCCACUUGUUGAUACAUGUGUUGACGCUUGUAAUUUACGCUUGCUACCAGGAGAAGCUAGGCCAACUGUCUGUGUUGUCGCGCAGCAGCUUCGUUCGGCGGAAGUUUUCGAAGCGUGGCUCAAGUAUUUCAUGAAAAGUUUCAGGGUUUGGAGGGUUCCUGAUGAUGAGCUGAUUGAGGGUCUAAGAACGAAUUCGGGUUUUGUCGUUCACAUAGGAAUUCUACGUUAA